AUGCUUGGGGUCUGCAUCCUGAACUCAGAGUGCAAAGCCAUCUGUAAUUGGUAUUCUGGGCCUGUAGUGCUGCUGCUUCAGAACUGGGGUCUGUACACGGGCUUCAUCCUGGAGGUGAAGGAGGUUAAACGCCUUUUAAAGGGCAAGGAGAUGGAGUACGACAAGGAGUUCUCCCCUCGCCAGCGACACCACAAAGAGUUCAAGUUCAACUUAUCCCAGAUUCCUGAGGGUGAGGCGGUGACGGCUGCAGAAUUCCGAAUCUACAAGGACUGUGUUGUGGGGAGUUUUAAAAACCAAACUUUUCUUAUCAGCAUUUAUCAAGUCUUACAGGAGCAUCAGCACAGAGACUCUGACCUCUUUUUGCUGGACACCCGCGUAGUGUGGGCCUCAGAAGAAGGCUGGCUGGAAUUUGACAUCACGGCCACUAGCAAUCUGUGGGUCGUGACCCCACAGCACAACAUGGGGCUUCAGCUGAGCGUGGUGACUCGGGAUGGACUCAGCAUCAACCCCCGAGCUGCAGGCCUGGUGGGCAGAGACGGCCCGUAUGACAAGCAGCCUUUCAUGGUGGCCUUCUUCAAAGUGAGUGAGGUCCACGUGCGCACCACGCGGUCAGCCAGCGGUCGGCGUCGCCAGCAGAGUCGCAACCGCUCCACCCAGGCCCAGGACGUGUCCCGGGUCUCCAGCGCUUCAGAUUACAACAGCAGUGAGUUAAAAACAGCCUGCAGGAAGCAUGAGCUUUAUGUGAGCUUCCAAGACCUGGGAUGGCAGGACUGGAUCAUUGCACCCAAGGGCUAUGCUGCCAAUUACUGUGAUGGAGAAUGCUCCUUCCCACUCAACGCACAUAUGAAUGCCACGAACCAUGCGAUCGUCCAGACACUGGUUCACCUUAUGAAUCCUGAGUAUGUCCCUAAACCGUGCUGUGCGCCAACUAAACUAAAUGCCAUCUCGGUUCUUUACUUUGAUGACAACUCCAAUGUUAUCUUGAAGAAAUACAGGAAUAUGGUUGUAAGAGCUUGUGGAUGCCACUAACUUGAAACUAGUUGCUGGGGCCAGAGGUACUGCCUUGGACUCCUAGCUUACACCUGCCUUAAGCAGCACAGUGACGC